AUGGCUCGAAUCGCUCUAUUUCUGCUACCUAGUUUUAUCCCCUCUCGGCUCUCCAGUCUGCCACCAAGAGAUGCACGCCGGUCAUGUAGAGCAGAACGAGUCGGCCCGACGGCAUACCUCGAUGGUAUGCGUGGGGUCGCAGCUUUUGCAGUCUUUUUCUGUCACUACUUUUACACGUGUUUCCGCAUCGCUGAGGGAUACGGCUAUGGCGAUAAAAACUACAACAUUAUGAAGCUACCCUUCAUACGUCUUUGGUACCAGGGCCCGCCCAUGGUUUGCGUCUUCUUCGUCAUCUCGGGCUAUGCCUUGUCACUCAAGCCCCUGAAGCUGGCACGAGCGGCAGCUGCGUCUCGGUCGUCGCCGUCAUCGACCUCAAGUCCUUCACCAACCGAGGCUUUCUCGACGACCAUGUCAUCCUUUAUCUUUCGUCGCUUCUUCCGGCUCUUCUUACCAACAGCAGCCUCGACUUUUUUGAUCGUGAUCCUGCUCCGCAUCGGAGCAUACGAAGGGACGCGCGACUUUGCCCACAAUAAAGAAUUCAUGCGUAAUGUACAGGAGACGCACCCCGAGCGUCUCGAAACAACUUCGGCGCAGCUCUGGGACUGGGGGAGAGCCAUGUUUGAGUUUGUUCACGUCUGGGACUGGAAGCAAUUUGGUGGCAGCACUGCGUACGACGUACACCUUUGGACCAUACCCGUCGAAUUUCGCUGCUCCAUGGUUCUGUUUCUGACCCUCAACGGUUUGGCCCGCCUCCGUACCGCCGUACGCCUUGUGUUGCUGGUACUUCUCGCGCUCUUCUGUUACCGCUCGGACCGCUGGGAAAUGCUUCUAUUUUACAGUGGCACCAUACUCGCAGAGAUGGAUCUGAUCCGCAAUGCACACCGCGAUCCGGCAACCAACGCUGCUAUGGCCCUGCCCCCUGCGUCGGCCGAGCUGCCUACAAUGUUGUCGAGCUCCCCUGCCCUGCUCAGAUCUCCGACGAGCAACAGCCCCGGCUUUACGAACCACGGCAGACCCCGCCCCCUCCGCAGGAUGCUCUGGUCGGCACUCAGCAUCCUCGCCCUGUACUUCAUGAGCCAGCCCGACGUCGGCUCUGAAGACACGCCUGGUUGGGUGUUUCUGACGUCGUGCAUUCCCGAAUGGUGGACGGACAAGUAUCGGUACUGGCAGACGAUCGGUUCCAUUCUCUUCGUUGCAGCGGUUGGCCGCCUGCCAUUCUGGCAACGUGUCUUCAACACAUCCCCUGUCCAGUACCUCGGUCGCAUCAGCUACGCUGUCUACCUUAUGCACGGCCCCGUGUUACACACUGUUGGUUACCUGAUCGAGGCGCGAUCAUGGGAGGCUGUAAGCGCUGCCGAGAAAGGCGGCGAGGCGAGGUACAUUGCUGGCUUCGUGCUAGGGAGCCUUUUCAUCGUGCCCAUCGUUAUCUGGGCGGCUGAUGUUUUCUGGCGCACGGUAGACGCGCCUGUGGUGCGGUUUUCUAAGUGGCUCGAGAGGGUGUGCUCUGUAGGCCGUAGCAUAUGUGAGGCAUAUACAGCAGAAUGUCAAGGCACAAUCUCUUUCUCCGUCAUCGUCUUCAAGUCCUCCGGACAGCAAACCCAGCGCCAUAUUGUCAUUUUGGCUUCAGGCAAGUAA